UGAAAUUGAUUUUUUUGACCUCAAUUUCUCGAUGUAUUUCUCCGGGAAUGCUAGCUACGAUCUGCUGUCGAAUUCCAGUUACGAUCCGUGCGACGGUAUGGCGGUGUGCCUGAGCCAGCCCUGUGACCCGAGCAGCAGCCUGUCAUUCACACGCAUCUUCAUCCCGGUCCUGUACAGCGCCGUCUUCCUGGUGGGUCUGCUGGGAAACGGCCUGGUGGUGGGCGUCCUCUCCCGUAGCCUGAAGCGCCUGGCUGCCACGGAGAUGUACGUCCUGCACCUGGCCGCGGCCGACCUGCUGCUGGUGGUGGGCCUGCCCUUUUGGGCUGCGGAAUCCGCCCACGAGUGGGUGUUUGGCCACGCGGCCUGCAAGGUGCUGGGCGCCCUGUACAACGUCAGCUUCUACAGCAGCAUCUACCUGCUGGGCUGUAUUAGCUUCGAUCGCUACCUCUCCAUCGUCCACGCCGUGGAACUCUAUAAGAGGAGGAGGCCUUGGCGUGUUUACCUCAGCUGCUCGGCCGUCUGGCUCUUCUGCCUCCUGCUGGCAGUCCCGGAUUUCGUCUUCCUGCACUCCAUGAGGGUCAACGGGUCCCAGAAGUGCGCCCAUAAUUACGGCGCCAACAACUCCAAGGGCUGGAUCGUGGGCCUUCGCUGCUUCUACCAUGUCACCGGCUUCCUGCUACCGCUGGGGAUCAUGGGCUACAGUUACCUGAAGAUCGGCCUGACCCUGGCGCAAUCCCACAAUUCCCAGCGGCCGCGGGAACGCCGCGCCCUCAAGGUGAUGGCCGCCGUGGUGACCGUCUUCUUCCUCUGCUGGACCCCCUACAACGUGGUGAUGUUCCUGGAGACCCUGCACCGGUUGGGAGCCCUGGGGCGGGACUGCAGCGCCGAGGGGCGCAUGGACACCAGCUACGUCCUGGCCGCCUGCCUGGGCAACCUGCACUGCUGCCUCAACCCCUUCCUGUACGCCCUCGCCGGUGCCAAGUUCCGCUCCAGGAUGUUCGAGUGCCUCGGGGUGCUGGGCUGCCCCUUCGCCCGCGGGUGGGCCUCUGUCCCCAGGAGCCAGCGACAACGCCAUUCUGUCGUCACCGUCUCUGAGUCGGGAGACACUUCCUACUCUGCGUUCUGAGCGUCCAGUCCAGGAUUGGGGUCUACCCCACUGUGCCACAUGAGGGCCCUCUCCCACAUUUAUUUUUUUAACCUUUUUUUUCCAAAUUAAUUUGUUCAGAGAUGUUAUGGCAUUCCCUACUGGAGCAGGUGGGAUUUGUGCCCCUGCCUCUCGGGCCAGGGGUAUGGACAUUACCACUGUGCCACAGGAGGGCCCUCUCCCACAUUUUUUUUUAACCUAUUUUUUUUCCAAAUUAAUUUGUUCAGUGAUGUUAUUGCACACCUCUAGAGAGACUGGGUCUUGAACCCGACCUCUCGGUCCAGGGUUAGGGAUAUUACCACUGUGCCACAGGAGGGCCCUUGAGUGGCCAUACAAUUUUUUUUUAUUUAACCUGUUUUGCCUAACCAACCUUUUCAGAGAUGUUAUGACACCCCCCUGGAGCAGGUGGGACUUGAACCCAGACCUCGUGUUCUGGGAGUAAGGACAAUACCACACAACGGCUCCAGUGACCUUCUGAUGAUGGAUCAGUUAGCCCCUUCCCCCACCUUGCCUUCAAAGGGGGCAUUAGACCAAGGCUCUAGCAGGGCAGCUCACUACGGCCCCCUUAAGGUGCAAUUAGGGACAGGCAUUAAACAUUGCACUCAGUCAGCAUUGCCCAGAUCCCAUGAGUGAAUCUGUGUUAGAAACAGAAGAGGGGGAGAGAAUGACAGUGAGAGAGGGACAGAGAGUGAGAGAGACAGAGAGAGAGAGAAAGAGAGAGAG